AUGCGAGUAUCGAUUUGUUUAUUGUUUGUGUUUUUGAGCAAAGUAUUGGGAUAUUGUGAAGAAGGAGUGUCAUGCUUUGAAUGUGAUCUCAAAGAUCAAGGCUCUCCAUGUAACACAAAUGAGCGACUUCCCUACUAUUUUUGCAGCAAUGAGACAAGAAGUGUUCUUUAUGACUCGACAAAGUAUUUGAUAUGCGUGAACGAUGAGAUGAGACUUUUUGAUUGCGCAGUGGGGAAUUCGAAUGCGGUUUUCAAUCCGAUUACGAGACAAUGUGUGAGUGAAGAAAUGGCGGAAAAGGGAGGAGAUCUUGAGUCUUUGCAUCGACGACGAUAUCGACGUAGCUCAAGCAGCUCUCGCGUUGGAGAUGUUUGCUCUUUCAACACCGAUUGCCAAAGAGGAAUGUAUUGCGGUGGAGGGGUUUGCUCGUGUUUAUCCGAUUUUGUCGCAAUCAACAAUCACUGUUGGCAAAAAAUCAACCCUGGUGAAUCGGGAUGUGUAGAGGAUCGGCAAUGUCAAGCAGUUUGGCCACAAACCACUUGCUCAGGCUCUGGUGUUUGCGAUUGUCCAGAAAAUACAGUCCCAUCAAGAACACGUGAUGGAACGAUUUGUGUCUCGGCAGCUCUUCCUCCAUCCUGUCCAUUGCCUGAGCCUCAUUCUGAUUCCCCAAACCCAGCUACAGUCCUUGCAAAUCCAGACACUCAUCCAAUACACAAAGAUACUUAUAUGCCGGUGCUGUGCACGUCUACAUCGACAGAAGUGCACAACUCAAAUAGUGGAGAUGGAUCUACUUGGUGCAUUUACCCGGAUGGAGACAACGAUCUCUACAUAGCUGACAUCUACGAUUGUGUCUCUCAUCCACAAGUUUCUCAUCAAGUUUUCCCCGAGUACGCCGAAACGGUUGAUGGCGUUUGCUGUCCGUCAAGAGCUUUUGCUUGUAUUCAGCCUAUGGAGAGCGGACCGGAGCCGUCAGUGCCGCGAUGGUGGUUUAACUCUGCUACAGGUACUUGUGUCCAAUUCCUCUGGGAUCCAGACACGAUCAAUAGCGCUUCACCAAACAAUUUCAGAACAAUCGAACAUUGUGAAAGCUAUUGCAGAGACACUUGUAAACGAGGCCCAACAGAGUAUUCUGAAGGGAAAGUCGCUCUCAUUGAUGACACUCCUUUGGGAAAUUGUCUUGCAUCUGGUGGGAAUCGAUGUGGACCGGAUUAUCAAUGCACUUUAAUCGGAAGUCAACAAAGCUGUUGUCCAUCAACAACUCAUAUCUGCAGUUCAAAUGGUGGCCGAUCUUAUCCAGCUAAACCUUUAGCUAACUUUGAUCGAGGAAUUCACAUUGCUGGGAGCAAACCAGCAACCCGAUAUUAUUAUGACGCUGAUCAAGGUCGUUGUGUUAAUUUUAUCUAUCAAGGCCUUGGAAAUUUCAACAAUUUCCUCACCAAGCAAGAUUGUGAAUCAUUUUGUUCAAAAUUGGUCUGUGAAAAUGGGCAUCCAUUGAGGAUUGGAGACGAAUGGCAAAGGUGUGAAGGUCCGACUGAUUGCCCAACGAGUCACACAUGUCAAUCCGCUCAUAAAGUUUGCUGUCCUACUGCCCAAACGUUAUGUACACAGCCAAAGCGACUUGGUGAUUGCACACAGUCAGGUAAUGAUAACAACUUUCCUACACUUCUCCAAUGUCAACAAAAAUGUAAAGGAGUUGGAGUGGAGCCACGAUGCCCGCACGGGAGAGCUUUCAGAAAUCGUGAUGGAAACUUCCAGACUUGUUCAGAUAAAGGAGCCAAUCGAUGCCCAGCUAAUCAUCUUUGUUUUUAUGAUGGUACUUCUCAUGGAUGCUGUCCAACAAAAGCUUUUACUUGUUCUCUAAAUCCUGAUAAAGGUGUUCAAUGUGGAAGUGGAAAAUCCUAUCGUUACUAUUUUAAUCCGCAAAAGCAGACCUGUGAGACAUUCCAAUAUGAGGGAUGUGAUGGAAAUUCUAAUAAUUUCCUCACCGCUGAAGAAUGUCAAGCAUAUUGUGGAGUGGGAGGUUGUCCAAAUGGUGGAAUGCCGUUACGAGAUCAGGCCACCAAUAGACAGAUGAGCUGUUCGGAGUUGAGACAAUGCCCGAACACUCAUGAUUGCAUCGCCAUUCCGCACAAUGGAAACGUUGAACAUCGAUGUUGUCCAACAAAAGUAACCAUUUGCUCUCAACCACCACAACAGGGAAAUCACUGCUCGAAAAUGUCGGUCGCGCGUUUUUACUUCAACAUUGUGACCAAAGAGUGCGCUUCGUUCCAGUACAAUGGAUGUAACGGGAAUUUGAAUAAUUUUGCAUCAGCGAGUGAGUGUUAUAAUUUUUGCUCAUCAGCCGGAUGUCGAGUUGGUGAAGUGGCGUACAAAGAUGUCAACACAAAAAGGGUAUUCGAUUGCAACAACAAUUUGCGCAAUUCAUGUCCUCCCGAGUUCACAUGUCGUCACAAUGCUCUCACUGCUUCAUACGUUUGUUGCGGCUCAACCAGCAUGGAGGUUUGCCCAAUGGAGGAAAGAGCUUUCGUGAAUCCUUUGGAUGAAACAAUUCGCGAGUGUGCCAUCAAUAUUCCCGGUUCAUGUCCCGCGAAUUUUCUUUGUCGUUUCUCUCCUCACAAAAACAAAUACUAUUGUUGUGCUCCAAACACCGAAAACGUUUGCCCGGAAGGAAAAGCUCUGUAUCGAGCCCCGAAAACUUUGCUUCCACAACGAUGCACAUUGAAUGUAGCAAAUCAAUGCCACGAUGGUUACUCAUGCCAAAGUCGGACAAAGAAUGUGCUUCAAGGAUUCUGUUGCUCGGCAAAGAAUGUUUGUCGUGGCGAUGCUGAGUUUCUCGUGGAUGAGAAGACGCGUAUGCCAAGAAUUUGCACUCCUGGCUCAUUUGUCACAUGUCCAGCUGGGUAUCGCUGUCACCGCUCUCACAAAUCUUCAUCAAGCGGCUUUUGUUGUAAAGGUGAUACAACGAAUGCAGUGACUGAGGGUUGUCCACCUGGAGAGUUUGCCUAUGUGAAAAGGGGUUUGGUGGAAGCAUGCGAUCCAUUCAAUCCCGAGAAUAAACCCUGUCCACCAACGUACACUUGCCAAUACUCGACUGCUUUUCAAAGAUAUCAAUGUUGUGGAAAAGAUCCGAUUGAAGAAGAAGAAGUCGAACAAGAAGAGUUGGGAUGUCCUGCUCAACAAGUGGCAUAUGUGGAACGAGGGAUUCCAUUAGUUUGCACAGCGUCUGGACAAAAUUGUCCUCAAGGCUAUUUUUGUCAAUUCUCUGACCGAAACAAGCAAUUCCAAUGUUGUGGUCAUCGAGCAGGAUGUCCCUCACAAACGGUUGCGUUUAUCGAUAUGACUGGAGGUGCAAUGGAAUGCAAUCCACAAUUCUCAAUGUGCCCACCUAGUUACAAUUGUGUGAAAGGACGAAAUGCUCGAUUUGUGUGUUGUACAAAUCCGGAUUCUUCUGUCACCUCCACCAAUAAAAGUCCACUAAUUGGGUUACAGCCAAGUGCAAUGGAAACUACUACAGCAAGCAGUAAACUAGCCGAAUUGGUGCGUGAGGUUCAAGAAGUGGAAUGUCCAAUAGACACAGUCAAUGUCAAUGGAGAGUGCAAAAUGCGACAAAUGGUUGGAAAGUCAUGUUCGAUUGAUGAGGAAUGUCUGGGUGGAGCUCGAUGUCUGAACACCGUCUGCACGUGUCCCCACGCAACUUUAUGGAAAGCCGGUGCCUGUGUCUCGAUCCCAGCAUGCACUGGAUCGGAAGUUCUCUUUGAAGGUGAAUGCCUUUCAUUGGGAACAUUCAAUGAUCCAUGUUUGACAAGCCUUCAAUGCACAAAUGGAACCGUUUGUGCAGAAAGGAAAUGUCGAUGUGCGACAGGAACUGUCGGUUUUGAGGGUCGUUGUUUGGCAAAUCUUUGCGGCGAGUCAGCGAAUCCGAUUGUUGAUUUGAAAGGUGAAGUGCUUGCCUGUUCUCGAGCUCUUUGUCCAUCAGGGAGAUGUCAGUACUCGAAGAUGAUUAAAAUGUAUAUCUGCUGUGAAACAACUCGACGAACGAUGCGGAAAUUCCCGGUUUUAAAACGACCACAACAACCCAAACAAACCUUUGAACAAUGUCCUGGUGGUCAAAAGCCGUUAACAGUCGGUCCAAGGAAUGUUCUCUGGAGUUGUAUUCCGGCAAAAGGUUGUCCAAAAGGAUAUCAAUGUAUCGAUCGAAUGUGUUGUCCAUUAACAAGUCGGCAUAAAAGAGAAUCACGGCCAGAAUGUCCACAAAAUCGGCAAAGUGUUUUCAUUGACGAUGAUGGAAAGCGUUUGAUUGUUUGCGAACAAAGAUGUUUGAGUGCAGAUCGACGAUCAAUGACUGGAUGUCCUUUAGGA